AUGGGCCAAACAUAUAAAAGCCUCGUCGAUCGUGCUCAUGCACUCGACAAAACUCGCCCAGUUACCAUUGUCUACGGUGGCCCAAAGUCUUUUGUCGGCAACAUUCCAAAAGAUAUUGACAACGACAAAACUCCAAAAUUGGUUGAUGUAAUCUAUGUGAAUCGAUAUUAUGGAUGGUAUAUCGGUAUGGGUCAUAUGGAUUGGGUUAACCAGAGUGUCUAUUGGGACGUUGCACAAUGGUCUGAGAAGUGGAAU